CGUCUUUCAGUAAGGAGCACGACUUAGCGAUGGCAAGUGGUGGAACGGUGGAAACGGCGGCGGAGGGAAUUAUGAAUGGCGGGGGCAGCAACAACGACAACGGUGGGAACAACGGUCGUAAUGGAGGGGGCGGAAACGGUGGUAACGGUGGAGGUGGUAACUGGGGAAGUAGGAACGGUAACGGAGGAGGGAGAAAUGAAGGUAAUUACGGCAACGGAGGCAGCCAUGGGAACUGGAACAAUAGUGGGAAUUGGAACAAUGGGGGCAGCGGGGGGAACGGGAAUGGCGGCAAUAAUGGCGAUUGGCGGAGGUCCGCUCGCUGUUACAAUUGCAACCAGUUCGGUCACAUUGCCCGGGAAUGCAACGCGCCCCGGCAGAACCAAGGUGGCGGCAAUUGGAACAACGGCAACAAUGGUGGUGGAGGAGGAUGGAACAGAGGACGUAGUAGCAAUGGAGCAAGUAGCUCUUCGACGACGGGGGAGGCAACAAAUAUGGUUGGGAUUAGUCGGGAGUUGGAGGAAUCACUCAAGGCGGUGUGCCUGUUUUCACAAAGGCAUAUCGAAAUGGAGGAACGACGCGAGACCGAGAAAAGGGAAGCAGAAGAACGAAGGAAACAACAGGAGGAGGAGAAGCGAGUAAGAGAGGAGAAAAAUCGCAUUGAGUUAGAAAAAAGGAAUGCUAAAGAAAAGAAGGAAGCUGACCGGGAGUGGAAGCUGGAAAUGCUUCUGGCAAAGCAAAAGGCAAUGUUGAACGAAGAGUUCGAGAAGAUGUUCGACAAGAAACUGCAGAAGGCUGUGGUAUCCGAAACAGUGGUGAAAGGCAAAGCAGCGAUGGCUGAGAUGAGUACAGACGAGGAGGAGGAAGAUCCUGUUGAGGAGCGCCUCGGGAAAUGCAAGCGGCAACCUCCGGCUUUGGCGUGCCAAGCUAGCCCGCCUGGCGAAUCGCCUUCGAAGGUGGGGAGGGCCUCGACUUUCGAACCGCCAGUUACUCCUCACCAGGACGAUUCCCCGUGCCUUCGGGUACCGAGCAGACGUGACCGAACUGGUAUGGAACAAGUUCCGAACAACUGGGAUUUCCAUUGCGGGAAUCUACUUUGUGGGAAGGGGCACCUGCUGCCAGUGACUUCACCUCAGUGGUGGCACUGCGUAAAACUCUUCGUAAGUAGCCCUUCCACUGCGUGGGAGGAUCAUUAUACCCAGCGCCUCCGCGUGGGUGAGGUCCCCACCCUGGCCGACUUCGCGGCUUUCCUUCAGGACCGUUUCGGCGCUCGUCAUGACGCCACUGACGCCUUAGACUGCGUCACCCAGACCAGAUGGUCCGGGUCCUCUGUACCGGCCGACCUGGAGCGUCACAUCCAGGUGUUUCAGGACGCUCGCCUUGUUUGUAAUGAGACGUUCCUACCUGGGGCCACACUCACUGACCGGUUCCUUGUCAGCCUGCCGACUGACUACCGCCUAGAGCUAUGGAGGCGAUCAUUCUCUUCCGCGGAGCAGGCAUACGAGGCUGCGCGUCAGUACCAGAGGAUGUGCAGUCGCUUCUCUGCCGCCCCAUCCUCUUCGCGGCCAGCCGCCACCUCCCAGUCUCGCGGUACCACCAGAGGCCGCUCCUCGUUUGCUGGUCGUUUUCGUCGCCCGGCUCGACCUGGAGCGUCAUUCUCUCGGCACUACAGUUCUCCCGAGUAUGGAGAGGACGCCUCAGCCGAGCUCGAUCCUACCAUUGGGGAUGCCCUCGAGGACAUCGAGCUUCGGGACGUUAUCCAAUACCACUUGGAUGACGACACUGUUCCGAUGGCCGAGCGCCUGCAGAUGGCCAUGUCUGCCAUGGGUCGUACGCGCAACAUCUCUAUCACUUCUCCCCGUCAGUUUGCUCACUUCGUCCGACAGGAGGACGUCACGCUCUACUCAGUGAACGUCAUGGAUCUUCUUCACUACGAUCCACUCUGCCCCGAGGUUGAGCUCAUCGCACUUGAGCUCGAUCCCUCUGACCCUUCCUCCAUCUUCGCGGCUCCCAUCUCUAUAUCCACCCCGCAGCCUGCGGAUACCCCCUCGACAUCCCAGGUUCCUACGCCGUCGACUGUCGAGUCCACACAUACGUCUCGUGCUGACGCCGACGUUGAGGAACUCACACGGUUCACGGCAGACUUAGAGCCCGCCGUUCGCGACCUGAUUCGAGAGUACCGCGACGUCUUUCCCCCGUAUUUCUCAUACAGCGGGAUUCCCCCGAUGCGCGGUGUUGAGCAUUCUAUCCAGCUCGUGCCUGACUAUCGUGUUCACCAUCAGGCACCGUACCGACUCUCGAUUCCAGAGGCGACGGAACUCAAGCGUCAGCUUGAGGAGCUCCUUCGAUUGGGUUUCAUUAAACCCAGUAACUCCCCUUGGGGUGCACCUGUCCUCUUUGCUCGCAAAGCGGACCGAAAUCUCCGCCUCUGCAUCGACUACCGCGGCCUUAACCGUUACACGGUUAAGAAUAGCUAUCCCAUGCCCCGUGCGGAUGAGCUGUUUGACCGUCUGGCAGGCAACCGCUUCUUCACGAAGAUCGAUCUUCGUAGCGGUUACCACCAGAUCCGCAUUGCCACAGAGGACCAGCCGAAGACAGCCUUUCGGUCGCGCUUCGUCCACUACGAGUUCACGGUGAUGCCAUUCGGCCUCACCAAUGCACCUGCCACCUUCCAGACGGCGAUGAACGAUAUCUUCAGGGACAUCCUUGAGGAAUACGUUCUCGUAUACCUAGACGAUAUCUUGGUCUACAACACUCGUUGCCCUGCGCUUGACGACUGGAUCACCCACAUGGCGGCGAUUAUGAAGCGCGCAAACGAGAGUUUAGCCGACUCCCAGACUCGCAUGGCCGCAAGAGCGAACCGAUCACGAAUGGAUCAUCCAUUCAAAGUCGGUGACGAUGUGCUCGUCGACGCACGCCACUUGCAGCUCGAAGCGGAUACGCUUCGCAAGUUCAGGCGUCGUUUCUUCGGUCCAUGCCGCAUCCUUCAGGCUGUCGGUUCUGAUACUGCCGCUAGUCCGGUCAGCUUCCGUGUGAAGCUACCUGAUUACCUUCGACAGGCUCGCGUACACGAUGUUUACCACGUCUCCUUGGUGCGUCCUUAUCGCAGACCGUCCGAGCGCUUCGCCGGACGCCCUUAUGAGCGCCCUCCACCUAUCAUGGUGGACGGUCACGAGGAGUUCGUUAUUUCCGACAUCGUAUCAUGCCGAGUUACCGACGAUACCCCUCCAUGCAUCGAGUACCUUGUGCGUUGGAAGGGCUACCCUGACAAGGAGGCUACUUGGGAGCCCCUCGAGCACUUGCAGCACGCCAGGAUGUUGGUGUGUGCAUACGAUCGUGCUCGUCGUGCUGAGAUGUCUGCCCCUGCUCAGCCGACUGACCCUCUUCCUCCUCCUCCGGCUGAGUGUGCAGACUUUCCUCUUCUGACGUACUUCGAAAACAUGGAUGAGAUUUUGGGCUUCAUUGAAAUAAAAGUACCUGAACGACUGGCGAUCAUCACAAAGGGAGGAGCGUUUCCUUUUCAAUAUGAGAAUAUCUUCAGGAUCGUAGCGGGAGGACGGACAAUGUUUGUCAUCAUGGUGAGGUUUACUGAUCUGAACAUUUUUGACAUGCGAAUAUAUGAGCGUCGGGGGGAAAAUUGGAUGCGAGGAGAUUUUACAAGAGCUUAUGUGAAAGCUUCAGAAGUUCUUUUCGCCUUGAGACGUGCUGUGCUCGGAGCAGGAGGAAACAUUGAGGGUUUCUCGUUUGCCAUUACGGAGUUUGAAGCCUUCUUCAGCACGGCGGCAAUCCACGCGGAGGCGGAGAUCCGAUUCACGGAGUCAGCAACUACUCGCGUUCUGGCCGAGAUCUCGGCCUUUCGACGACUGUCCCCUCCCGGGACCAGCCACGUCACGUCGUCAUCGUCUUCAAGGGGGACAUCAGAGCGAUUCCCUCGGCGAUUCAUCCCAACAUCUAUCGGGCUCUGCGCAGCUGGGCCGAGGAAGUGCGCACUGCGUGGAUGGCACUCCUUGCUCAUCGGGGAGAUACCGUCUUGCCAGCGCACGACACCGACUUUCAGCUCCGCUCAUCCCGAAGGUCGCCGACGAUCGUACUUCCGGAGCUUCGUCCUUUCGCGCCGCCCGAAUGAGUCGUCGCCGCCUCUCCUACUUCGGCUUCCCUCCAGUAUCCCCACUCUUUGGCAGUCUGCGCGGGCCCCUACUCUCUCCUAUCGUAUUAAGGAGACCAGCGCGCCUCUAUUGGACGAAGAGAAGUGGGACGCGUGGUGGGAGGACUACAUUGAGCUCGUUUUCUGCUUGUUGGGGAUAGAGUUCCGCUGGUCAGAAUCGGCACCAUUCGGAGAAGGACCAGAGCACCCCGAGGACAGCGUGGAGCUCCUAAUCAUCCAGGCCUGGAAGACGGCAGAGGAAGGCGAUUUGCUGGUAAUCGUAUUUGGAAAGCUGGAGGAGGGAAAUCUCGCCUUGAUUACGAGCGAGCUGUUGGUGUUCCUGACCCAGCUGGUGGAUGAUCUGCACCCGGACAUCCUGUCGCGGCGCGACGAGCAGCCCGGCACCCAUGUGCUGUCUCGGACGCUCGAGCCGCACUAAGUCUUGGUGUGGUCCACGUGUACGGAGAUCG